AUGGCUAACUUCAUAAUUACCGGUGUAGAUGACAAAGUUUUAAUUACUGUUUGUUGUGCAACAGUUAUUUUUAUAAUUAGUAUUAUACUCCUUUCUUCUAGAUUUCAAAAUUUUUUGAAUCAACAUAUUAGAUCAAGUACUGAUAUUAGUGAAAAUCAUCACAGUUUUGACAAUGAAGUUUGCCCGAUUUGCUUUGGCGUUCACAGAUUUGCCAUUGAAACAAAUUGCGGUCACAAAUUUUGCGGUUCUUGCGUCAGAACAUACUUAACUCAGUCAUCGGCAUUUUUAUCAUUUAGUAAUAGAAUGUCUUGUCCACUGUGCCGGCAAGAUGUCAAUAUAUUACUCCUUUGCUUUACUUCAGAAGAAAAUACUCUUAUUAGUUAUUUAGAAGAAAGAAAUACUGUAGAAAGAUUUGUUCAUGAAUACAAUAUACACUUUGGACGUGGUUCGCAAACUUGGUGGAGUUACUUGAGAGACAGUCCAGUUUUGUUAAAACACAUGCUAUUUGAUUUUUUUACUUUUGGAGGACUAGUCCUAACAUUUAGACUGAGAGUAAUUAUUUGCUGUUUAAGUGCAAUUGUUUAUUUUUUGAGCCCUUUUGAUUUGUUGCCAGAAGCUGUUAUUGGAGUUUUUGGUUUUAUCGAUGAUAUAUUAGUUUUCGUUUUGUGUAUUUCUUAUGUGAGUAUAAUUUAUCAGAGAUUAAUCAUAAGAAGAGCUACAAUUAAUGUGCAGUAA